UGGAAAACAAUCCCUGCGCACUCUUCUCUCCGAUAUGAUAUCGAUCAUGAUCAAAUCCCUUUUCUUAUUUUUCAUUUUGAAGAUACCAUAAUGGCGGAGGGAGAAGUUGGAAUUCUGCGAAGAGUUCGGGCAGGGGCGAGGGCUGAGGAUUUCUUCUCAUGGGAGGAGCAAGCCUUUGAUGAGAUGGAUAGCACACUAGCUGUUCAACAGUUCAUUCAGCAAAGCAUUAGGAAAGAUAUCAGCAACAUCGAUGGCAUCUUACAGCCUCCAGAGGGCCAGGAUGAGGGUGUCUGGAAGUACGAACAUCUCAGGCAGUUCUGUCUGGAGCUCAACGGACUAGCUGUCAAGUUACAGCUGGAAUGUAACCCAGACACCUGCUCACAGAUGACUGCAACAGAACAGUGGAUCUUUCUCUGUGCUGCACAUAAGACACCAAAAGAGUGUCCAGCAAUAGACUACACAAGACACACCUUAGAUGGCGCAGCUUGCCUCCUCAAUAGCAACAAGUACUUCCCGAGCCGUGUGAGCAUCAAGGAAUCCUCAGUAGCCAAGCUUGGAUCUGUUUGCCGGCGUAUCUAUAGGAUAUUCUCACAUGCUUACUUCCAUCAUCGUACUCUGUUCGAUGAUUAUGAGAACGAGACGUUUCUUUGCCGACGUUUCUCGACGUUUGUGACGAAAUACAAUCUGAUGCCGAAGGAUAAUCUCAUCGUACCGAUAUUAGAAGAAUCUCAAGGGAGCAUGGAAAGUGAAGCAUAGUUAAUACAAAUAUACCAGGCAUGAGUAAGUAUAGCGGGAAUUAUUUGUCCAAGGUUGGACUGGCAUUUCUAUUUUUCCCUGAGCCCCGAGGGAAAAAUGGUAAUUUUUCCAGUACAAUCGAGGAUGAAUAAUUCCCUCUAUACUUUCGAAAUGAAGGCCUGGUAUACUUGUUUUAUAUCCUACAUUAUUUUAAUAAGUUAGAACAGAUCCUGAUAAUCUAGUUCUUGUUCACGUAGUUCAUCUUUUUUAAUCUGAACCAAAAUAUAGAUGACGCGCUCUGUGCAUUGACUGACCUACUUUUCCUGAAGCUAGGUGCUCAGCGGAACGCGGAUUUGUGCCUGCGCCCGAGAGAUUGUGCGAUCUGUGUCAAUGAUGGAAUAGAGCACUAUUCCAUCAUUGACGUCACGGAAUAAUAAUUUUUCUUCAGUGGUCGUUUCAUUUUCAACAUCAUCGCAAAAUAGUGAGAAUAUGUUUGGUCACAUGAUGCUAUUUAAACCAAUCAGUAUACAUGAUUUAAUUUAUGUAGGAUAUAAUACACAGUAUCCCCAUUCAUGUCCAUAGGCCAUAGGGAGUCGGACCGAUGCAUUAUGGGAUUGCCCAGUUGUGAAUCAAUCACAUUGAAGAAUGAAAUAAGAAUCCCCUUUCUCCCCUUCCCCUCAACAUAAUGCAUGAUCAUGAUGAAACUGAAUGGUCCCACUUCACAAAGGUGGUUUGAAAUGGUUCGUGAAGAUUUCAUCCAUAAUUAUGCCAAAGUCACAAAAGGUGGUUUUGAAACCGUGGUUUAAAAUCAUGGUUUGAAAUCAUAGUUUAUGCGUAACACAGAAAGCGAAGCAUAGUACAAUGACAACCUUGUCAUUUCUUUUAAGCCAAAUUCAUAAAGGUGUUUUUUAAUCCAUGAUUUGAGACCAUGGUUUAUGCAGAUUUCAUCUUUUAUCCAUCUCUCCUUCCGUUUCAGAGUACAGUCCACCUAUUGUAUUAUUCUACUUUUGGGGUUUGCCAUGGACAGGCAGGUGUAAUACACAGGGUGAACACUACUCUUUAAAGGUCAAGUCUACCCCAGAAAAAUGUUGUUUUGAAUCAAUAGAGAAAAAUCAAACAAGAAUAAUGCUGAAAAUUUCAUCAAAAUCGGAUGUAAAAUAAGAAGGUUAUGACAUUUUUAAGUUUCGCUUAUUCUUCACAAAACAGUUAUAUGCAAAAAUCAGUGACAUGCAAAUGAGAGAGUCGAUGAUGUCCAUCACUCAGUACUUCUUUUGUUUGUUAUUGUUUGAAUUACACAAUAUUUCAAUUUUUACAGAUUUGACAUUAAGGACCAACUUUAAUGAAUCAUCAAAUGUUAAAACAGUGGUAAUACCACAUGUUCAGGGAGGAACAAAACUUUGUUUAAUAGGACAAUAAGGAGAAAAUCAUUAUAUUUCAUAUAAUAUAAUACAAAAGAAAUAGUGAGCGGAUGACAUCAUCAGUCAGCUCAUUUGCAUACUGAUCAGGACGUGCAUAUAACUGUUUUGUGAAAUUAAGCAAAACUUCAAAAUGUCACAACUUUCUUAUUUUACAUCCGAUUUUGAUGAAAUUUUCAAUGUGAUGCUUGUUGGAUUUUUCUUGUAUUAUUCAAAUCAACUUUUUUUUGGGGUGGACUUGUUCUUUAACAAAUAGUGCCUCUGCCACAGAAUGCUAAGUUGACUCUUGUUACUAAGGUUACUGUAGUAAUGAGCUUACAGUUAAUGUUAAUUAAUCAACAUUGACAGUGGACUCAUUUAUUAAUAACAGUGGGCUCAUUAAUGCUGUAAGUGUAACCUUUCAAUUCAGCACUCUGAAAAAAAAACCAACAUUGAUUAUUGGAUGCUUUAUCAUAACCACCUUUGUGAAUAAUUAGUUUCAUAAUCGUGCAUUAUUUUUAGGAGGGGGGAGGGAAAGGGGAUUCUUAUCUCCUUUUUUUCUAUCUGCAAGAAUUUUAUGAACAUUGUGUUACACUUAACCCAGGUGAGGCAAAUUGGCACGUUGCUGGUUUAAUUUCAACAAUGCAAAGAGCUGGAAGCAACAGCUUCAGGUAGAGUUGUCGUAAUAUUUAUAGUGCACCUAAAAUAGAUUAUAUGUAGAUAGAUGGUGCUACAUAAACACCCAUUAUAAUUAUUUAUAUCACAAUGAUAGGGGAUGUAAUCUACCAAGACAGGAAUCUGUUUGAAUUUUUUUAUAUCACACUGGUUUCAUAACUUAUUUAUAUCACAUGCUUGUAUAUAUGUAUACUGUAAAUUGUGUAUAGGUAUCCAUUAGUUUUAUGUUGUACAUGUAGUAGUAGUAGUAGCAGUGGGAGAUGGAGGGGAUCCCAGGGGUAGUUCUCCUGAAGCAGUAAGGACGACUUGUUAUCUGUUCUUAUGGGUCAAGUCAUAUUAUAUUAUCAAUCAUUUUUUAUUCCCAUCAGCUUAAAGGUGAAAUCCAAUCUUUUUAUAUUAGAAUUUACGAAUCAAGCAUUUCCAUGCAAUGUUUCUUCUAAAAAUUUGAUUAGGGUUGUGGGUAAUUCAGCCCUACUAUAACAGACAGGUCAAAUUUUGGGUGUGUGUGUCUCAUGUAGCACAAGAAUAGGUCAUCGGACAGACAUGUUUUAUGCGUAACGUUAAAAAAAACAAAUAAAAAUAAAACUCCACCCUGGUGGGUGUCUCAUAAAUCUGUUAAGUUAAAAGCGACUUUAAGAACGACUGGUGAACCUUUCUUAUGCACUAAAUAAUUACCAUUGAACCACAAGAAAGGAUCACCAGUCGUUCUCAAAGCACUCUUAAAGGGGAAUCCAGCCUUGGCCAUAAAAUGUUGUGUUGGGAAGGAGAAAAAUAAAUUAAACAGAAUGGUGAAAGUUUGAAAGAAAUCGCACAAGCAAUUAGAAAGUUAUAGCUACUUUAAAAUUGAGAUCACUAAUAGUAUGUAGAUUUCAAAUGGGCAACUGUGUAAGUAAAUUAUGACAAGGGGCAAGGACAACUUUCCCAUAGGCCAUGUACUUUAUUAUCAGGGAUUUGUGGUUUUCUCCCAAGUACCCAUUCCCCUGGGGCAGUAAUCUAAAUAUAACCCAGGUAGUAUAUUGUUUAAUGCCCUCAUGAAAGAAAAAUAUAAUUUGAAAUAAAACUUUUGGGAAAAAUGACAUUUUAGCCAUAAUAUGUAUUGGAGUACAUGGAAGAGUAGUCCUUGCCUUACAUCACUAUGACAUCCCAUAUGCGGCCAAUUUGAAGUCUCCAUGAGUAUAGUGAUUACCAAUAUUUACAUAUUUUAAAAAUUCAUAACUUUCUUGUUGUUUGUCCAAUAUUGUUCAAACUUUCACCUAUCAACUUGUCUGAGUUUUCUUUUUGUUAUAAAAGCAAGUUUUUAUUUGGGUAGGAUUCCCCUUUAACUUAUGAACAGCUUUCUGAAAAGCAUUGUACACACAUACUGGAGCUGAUGGGCUGUUUCAUACAGCUGUUCGUAAACUUAUGCACAGUUCCACGCACGACUGGAACAUUUUCUUAGGUGCUAAGUCAAUCAUAGGGAUAUACCAUUUAGCACAAGAAAGGAUCACCAGUCGUAACUGGAACAUGUUCUUAGGUGCUAAGUCAUCUACAUAUAGGGAUAUAUCAUUUAGCAUAAGGAAGGGUCACCAGCCGUGUGUAAAGUCACUUGUACCUUACAAUCGGCUGUAUGAAACACCCACCCGAAUAAAGAAGAUCAAUUCCACGAAAGAUGAUAAAUACCGGUCAGUAGUUUGAUGUCGAUAGAAGUAAAAUAUUGUUAUAUGACAGCUCCUAGCCAAUGAUUGAUUGCAAAAGCUGUUGAAUCCUUACAUGAUAUAUCAUCAUAAUAUAUUUGAAUGAAUUAUGUAUUGUACAUGUUGUAGUGAUCUGCAGCAUUUGUGAAAUAUAUGUACCAUAGAAUGUAUUUAUGAUUAAAUUUGAUAUCUGUAUGAA